GGGGGGCGAGAGCGCGGCCCUGCAUAAGUUAAAGCAAUCUUUGAGCGUAGAAUCAUGUCUGGAAGAGGCAAGGGCGGAAAGGGUCUGGGCAAAGGAGGCGCCAAGCGCCACAGGAAGGUGCUGCGGGAUAACAUCCAGGGCAUCACCAAGCCCGCCAUCCGCCGCCUGGCACGCAGAGGGGGAGUCAAGCGCAUCUCCGGCCUCAUCUACGAGGAGACUCGCGGGGUCUUGAAAGUGUUCCUGGAGAACGUUAUCCGGGACGCCGUCACCUACACCGAGCACGCCAAGAGGAAGACCGUCACCGCUAUGGAUGUGGUGUAUGCUCUGAAGCGCCAGGGACGCACUCUGUACGGAUUCGGGGGUUAAAGCCUCGCUUCUGUCUCUUUAUCAAAACGGCCCUUUUAAGGGCCACC